AUGGUCGUCAUUGCCGUGGGCGUCCCUUUCGGCGUCCUCUGGGAAGUGAUCUCGCUCGGGGUGCUCGUGGGCUUCAACUUUGCGAACGCGUCGCUGAUCCAGUUGCGUUACCAGAACGGCGGUAGGUUGCUGAACAAGCGGGCGUCAAUGCUAACCUGGGGCGCCAUGGCCUUGUCAACCAUCGGUUCCUACGUCCUGUGGAAGGGCUACUUGUCCAAGGAGAUGAGCAGCAGCCAGGAGGAGCGUGGGAACGAGGUGAAUUUGUUCCUCGGCUUGGGAUUCAUUGUAGCGUCCAUGUGUGUCGUGGCCACUCUCGCCUUCACUGCCGAGCAGAUCGCGGAGCACCAGGACGCAGCCGACGUGUUCAGGGUGCCCUUCGUUCCCUGGCUUCCCGCGUUCGGCUUCAUCGUGAACGGCCUCAUGAUGGCGACUGUCGGGUGGUCGACCCAUCUGGUGUUCUGCGGGAUGGUCGGUUCUCGGGGAGGAGGAGGAGGAGGAGGAGGAGGAGGAGGAAGAAGGUCGCUUUCAUCCUCGCGCUGCACGUGCUCCAGAAGGUCCACUUGA